AAAUUUCGAGAACUUAAGUGCGAGAAGAGUUUUGUGUGUUCUUCAUACUUGUACUUUGAGGGGAACUGAGAGUAAUGUAUUUCACAGUUGAAUUGUGUUUGCAUGAGAUUUACAAAGGUGCAUAUAUAUCUGAAUGCAAAUGAUACAAAAUUAUAUCUAAUGUCCUUACUCUGUCAUACUAUGUCGCUCUUCAAGAUGCAUUGAAGAGCAUUAUUUUGAAACUUCUGAGUGUGUUUGUGAUGUGUGUGGGCAGGUUUGCAUGUGCUCAAGGGCCGAGUUUCUGAAAAUCGCACCUGUUUUUUGGAAGGAUGCUCGCUUAGACAAUAAUUCACAAAGGAAGGAAGUCAUGUCUUUGUUUAUAUUUAAAAACUACAAACAAUGUAUUGAAGGGCUUGUGGGUGUGCAGUAAAUUCAGUCAUUAUAUAAUUAUACCAUAGUUUUCAAAAUUAAUUAUAUAGAUGUCAAUGUGUUUGACUGUGUGUGAAGUGUUCAUCAUCCCACAUUAUGAAUCUUCUAUUUUCGGACAUGUUAAGUGUCUUGAACGUUUGUUUUUGCAAGUGAUGUCUGUUUAUAUAGGUUGAUUUCAUUGAUGCAUAUGCUGAAAGCGUAAACAGUAUAUGGCCUUAUAUUCUUACAUGUUUCUCAAGACAUAUAUCUACACACGCAUGUUCAGGACACAUAUUGUAAAAUUAUACAGUAUAAUACACAAUAUUAACCCAACAGAGGGAAUUUAUGUUGUUCUCUCGGAAAUCUGCAUGACUUAUUCAUAAUGAUACAUUUAUUCAAUAUGCAUACAGUACAUGAAAACAGGCAAUUGUGUAGUACACGUAUCAUUGUGUCAAAAAGAGACAAACCCAACUGUUGGGUUAUGAAUUCAGGUUGUUGGUUGAGUACAUUCAGUUUUGAUCCAACCAUGAAAAUAAUUGAUGUAUUAUAAAUAAUAUAUUGUAUUGUAGAUCUUAAGUAGCAUAUACUUUAGGGUAUAAUAUAUUGUUGCUGUUCUCAGAUACCUAGAAUGUCAAAAUUUGCUGAUUUUCAGGAAAUUGCUAAACUCUGCUGCAGAACGAUUGCAUACUGUGCUGUCAGAGUUGACGAGCACAAGCAAGGAUAGUUCACCUAAAAUUAACAUUCUGUCUUCAUUUACUCACUCUCAAAGAAAGAUAUUUGGAAGAUUUGUUUGUUAGCAAUUUACAUUUCUGGGCACCACUAACCACCACAGUUAAAAAAAUAUUACAUAGAAAAAUAAAUACACAGAAAACGAACCCAAUACUAUUUUUUUAUGACGGAGGAACAUAUCCGAGGCUUUGUGGUAAUGUGAUUGACGCAACGUGAGGUCGUAUUUAUUUUUGAACCUCUGGAAAUUUCCGACACAAACUUCUGACUCAAUGUGCAAUGGGCUUAACAGUUCUGGGACACCUUUGACUAUCAUUUACAUGUUUCCUACUUUGGUAGUCAAUGAUGCUCUAGAAAUGUCAGUUGCUAACAAUUCUUCCAAAUAUCUUUCUUUGUGUUCAACCGAAACAUAUUUGGGUGAACAGUUCCUUUGAGAUUUGCAAAACCCAGUGACAACCAUAAAAGGUGAUUAAUAACAACUAUUUAUGGCCAAAGAUAAAAUUAUGGAGAUAUGAGAUUUCAAAAGGGCAGCGGCUAUAGGACUACGCAGUUUUUCUAUAUAUAAACUUGAGGGAUGAUAAACGUUUGACGUUUUACCAUUAGAGCUCAUGCGCUUAUCUGAUUGAGGUUUUUGGUUUGUGUGGUAUAGAAAAUAGUCUCACCAUUUCUCAGAAUAAGGAGCUUUGUAUUGGGCCAGUUGAAACUGGUUAAGACUUAAAAAAGAUGUCGUUUGUUAGCUUUUUUGUGCCAAAAAGCAUUUUCAAGUGUUUCUCUUAAACCUUCUAAACAAGUUUGUCCAUCAUUUUGAUUCUCUCUAUAUAAACUAGCAAGAAAGGAAGGAAUGGAGUGUUUUGUAGGCAGGUGACAACACACUAACAUUGUAGGGGAACAUUUUGCACUGCCACACUUUUUUCUGUUGUGAUUUUAUAAACAUUUUAUCUUCUAAUUUAAUAUAGCCAUACAUACAUCUAAAAGCUAUUUCGCAGUCAACACUUUGUUCAUUUUAUGAGCUUGUUACAAAAUGCUUGCUUAAUCUUCCUUUUUACACCCGUUGGGUAACACAUCCUUUUAGCUGUACAUUGUUCUGAAUAGUAAGCAAUUUAAAGACGAGGGCAACUUUUUUCAACUUUUUUUCAAACUGUUGGCCACUCGAUAGCGUGCAUGUGUUCUGAAACUAGUUUAGAUCUUGAUGUAUGAGGAUGUGGUCGAUGAUAUUUCUGUUGUCAUGGAGCUGAAAAUACAGAACAUUGUCCUCUAGUUCUUGUAAGCAAAUGCUUUCAUCCUCUGCAUUAGCAUGACUAAAGCAAUGACAGAUAUACUGUCGCCAGCACCCCUCCAUCCUGACGCCUUCUGUCUCUCGCUGUCUCUCGAGUCUUUCAACAAAUGUGUGGUUUACUCUCCCUCUCUCUCUCUGUAGAUACCUUGCCAGAGAUCUUUGCACCGUCUUUGAGGUGUUUUUUGCAGCUGAAGUCACAUAUCUCAGUUUGGAACCGAACUGAAUAAACCGUUAUGUUACUGCUGGCUGUUGUAUGCCUGCUGUGUCUCUGGAGUCCAGCCACGUUGGCGGGAGGUGUGGGAUCAGUACCGAACUGCAUGCCCCGGAAAACAGUGUCUCUUAAGAGCAACGGAGGUCAUUCGUUUCGCGAGGAUGGUGUUUUGAACUACACCACGAUGCUGGUGAGGGAAGAUCUCAACCUGCUCAUCCUGGGUGCCAGAGAGGCUAUUUUUGCCCUCGAUCUAGCUAAUAUUACGUCCAAGAAGGCCAUGAUGAAAUGGCAAGUCACAGACGAGCAGAAUGACGAAUGUGUCAGAAAAGGAAAAGAUGCUACGAACCAAUGUAAAAAUUAUAUUAGGAUUCUUCAUAAAAAGGACGAUGGCACGAUGUACACUUGUGGAACCAAAGCGUUUAACCCAACCUGUGGCUAUUUGUCUUGGGCUGAUGGACAGCUGGUUUUGGAGGACAAACAAGAAGACGGGAAAGGAAAAUGUCCAUUCGACCCUUUUCAGGGUUACACAUCUGCGAUGGUCGAUGGAGUGCUAUACUCCGCCACAUCAAUAAAUUUUCGUGGCUCAGAGCUCGCCAUGACACGCAGUUCAGAUGAAAUCAUACGCACAGAUGUAACAGCCAACUGGCUCAGUGAACCGAAUUUCAUCCACAUGGCACACAUACCGGAGAGUGAAAACAAACCAGAGGGAGACGAUGACAAGAUCUAUCUCUUCUUCACCGAAGCAGCAGUUGAAUAUGACUCCUACAGCAAGGUGGACGUCUCUCGUGUGGCACGCGUGUGCAAGGGGGACUUGGGUGGCCAGAGGACACUCCAAAAAAAGUGGACAUCAUUCCUGAAAGCGAGGCUUGAGUGUUCUGUUCCAAACACCAAGCUGCCUUAUCUUGUCCAGGAUGCGUUUCACCUGUGCCCUGGCAACUGGAGAACUUGCGUUUUUUAUGUGGUCUUCACCCCACAAUCGGACUCCUCUCAAUCCUCUGCAGUGUGUGCGUAUGGAAUCGAAGACAUCAAGGCAGUGUUCUCAAAAGGCAAGUUUAAGGUGCCUGUUAAAGUGGAGACAUCAUUUGUGAAGUGGUUGGUGUACACAUCUGAUCUGCCCGACCCCCGACCCGGAGCGUGCAUUGAUGAUUAUGCCAGAUCAAAGGGCAUCAAUAGGUCACUGGACCUGCCGGAUAAAACACUGCAGUUUAUUAAAGACAACCAUCUGAUGGACCAAGAAGUUAAGCCUCUUGGAAAGCGCCCUCUGCUGGUGAGGACAGGCCCCGCUUUUACCAGAAUUGUGGUGGCCACUACAACUGACCUGAACGGAGAUAGCCAUCACAUCAUGUUCAUCGGCACAAAGAGCGGAUCGGUGCUGAAAGCUGUGAAUUAUGAUGGAGAGAUGGUCAUCAUGGAGGAGAUUCAACUCUUUGAAUCCUCACAGCCCAUCAAGAUCUUACGACUUUCCAACAGCACGCAGCAGUUGUAUGCGGGUUCAGAUGCAGGCGUGGUGCAGGUGUCAGUUAGCAAGUGUGGGCGGUAUGACACCUGUCUGGACUGCGUCCUGGCAAGAGAUCCGUACUGUGGCUGGAACCUCGACACAGACCGUUGCUCUACCGUAAACACCUCACACAGAGACAGUUCUGUGAUUCAGAGUGUAAAGGAGGGAAACGCCAGCAGAUGUCAACAAUUAGAUAACAGUAAACCUGUGAACAUCUCAUUUUUCCUUGGCAAUACCGUGAAACUUUGGUGCCAGCCGUAUUCCAAUUUGGCACAGGUAGAAUGGCACGUGAACGGACGACCAAUCAAAGCUUCAGAGACCUUCCAGAUCCUCUCAGACGGCCUGAUGGUCUUCAACGCCUCAAUGGACGACAACGGCCACUACACCUGCGAUUCCAUCGAAACCGUCCUCCACCAGAAAUACAGAACUCGGCACGUCGCGUACGAUCUGAAACUGUGGGUAGGAACCGGAACUACAGCAUCACUGCAUGAUGUUCGAGAAAAACACAACACUUUCAUAGCCAUGGUGGUGAUUUUGACACUGAUGUUGGCUGGGCUAGUCAUUUGGAAUCUAUACAAAGGUCAUCUUCCAUUGCCGUUCUGUCCUAGGGGUCCGAUGAACAGGUCUGAAGUCGACCAUCUCGAUGGAAACCGAACUGGAGACCAUAAACUAGCAUCAUCAAGGAACAUGAACAGCAAUAACAACCAUUUAAAUGACCGGCGAUGUUCUGACUUUAAAGAAACAGACAGACUGGCAACCACGACCGGUUCCACAGUUCAUGUCUCAUUACAAUAUAUAGAUGAUGAAUCUGAGAUUUGACUGGCUAAUGUAACGCUUAGGCUUUUGUCCAGAACACCAAGCGCAAUGGUGCUUGGUGUAAAUCGAAAUGAUUUUGUGUCCCUGAAUCAACAUUUGCUCCUAAUGUCAUUUUUCAAUCCUUAAAUCUGCGACAACAGGCCCAGACAGUUGCUAAAAUAACAAUGCUUUCUCAAGACAUUUGGGAGUUUUAAGGCAGUACAUUGUCUUGUUAAAAACCUGAAAUGCACAUAACCGUGACUUCUAUGACAUGUUUCCUUUGAUGGAAAUUCCAGAUGAGCAAGAAUGAAGGUCCUUUAUUUCAAAGACAUGCAGCUUUUUAACACUCUGGAUUAAAACAGAAAAGAAUGACUGUUCUGUUUAAGAUGCAGAUUAACAAGACUUCAUUCAGUAUCAUUUGCGUUGAAACUUUGAUUCAAUGCAAAAUUGUUCAAUGCUUUGUACAGUUUUAGGGUCUUUUAUCACAUGAACCCAUUUCUUAAAGCAGUGUUUUUUUAAUAGUGAUGUGUUUUAUAGGUUGUUAACAUUACAUGACAUUUUUGUCCCUCACAGCUACUAUUUAAGCAAAAACAAUUAAUUUUUCUUUUAAACAAACAAAAUAUUUUAUCCUUAGGUCCCAAAUGUUUACUUUUAGAUUUUUAUUGUAAGAACAGUUUUUGUAGACAAAUCCAGGCAUUCGAUAUGCAAAAAAAGGUUUCAAAUGAAUGAAAAACAAGUUUUUAGCCUGCUAUAUGAGAAAUGUACAAAACAUUAUUUUCUAUGCUGAUAUUUGAAAUUUACAAGUUUAUUUGAAUAAAACCUUGUUCUUUCACCAACAGGGAUACAUGUGGCAUCAAUAAACAAACACCCUGACAUACUA